CAGCCGGGUGCGGGAGCCGGUAACUACUUCCGCCAGAAGUCCCUAGCGGCUCGGGUUCGGAUGCCGCCCGACGUCGGGUCCUCCUCCUCCGCAGCCCUCCCAUCAGAGGCCGGUGGCCGCGGCUAUUACAGGGCCUGCCGCGAGGUCUUCUCUGCGGCCGAGUCCCGGCCAGUAGUGCGGGAGAGACGCCCGGGAGCGGCCAGGGCGGUGGGCACCCCCGCAGGCCUUGCCGCGCCCGCCCAACCGGGGCGGGGCCCGAGCUCUCGGCCCGCCCAUUAGGGGCGCCUAAUUCGGGGCCGCUAACAGCCUCUCACCUGCGGGAGUCAUCGUCCCACAGGCUGCGGUCGCCUGGGGAACAUGGAGUUCGCGGAGCUGAUUAAGACCCCACGGGUGGACAACGUGGUGUUGCACCGGCCUUUCUACCCCGCCGUGGAAGGGACCUUGUGUCUGACGGGCCACCACCUGAUCUUGUCCUCCCGGCAGGACAACACGGAGGAGCUCUGGCUCCUCCAUUCAAAUAUCGACGCCAUUGACAAACGAUUUGUGGGUUCUCUGGGUACCAUCAUCAUAAAAUGUAAAGAUUUCCGAAUUAUUCAGUUGGAUAUUCCUGGGAUGGAGGAAUGUUUAAAUAUAGCCAGUUCUAUUGAGGCAUUGUCUACUUUGGAUUCAGUCACCCUGAUGUAUCCUUUCUUCUACCGACCCAUGUUUGAGGUGAUCGAAGAUGGCUGGCAUUCCUUCCUUCCUGAGCAAGAGUUUGAGCUCUAUUCCUCUGCUACCAGUGAAUGGAGACUGAGCUAUGUCAAUAAGGAAUUUGCUGUCUGUCCUUCCUACCCACCAACUAUCAUUGUGCCCAAGUCCAUCGAUGAUGAAGCUCUGCGGAAGGUGGCAGCCUUUCGACAUGGGGGGCGCUUCCCAGUACUGAGCUAUUACCACAAAAAGAAUGGCAUGGUGAUUAUGCGAAGUGGUCAGCCUCUGACUGGCACAAAUGGACGAAGGUGCAAGGAAGAUGAGAAGCUGAUAAAUGCCACCCUUAGGGCAGGAAAGCGUGGCUACCUCAUUGACACCAGAUCACUAAAUGUGGCCCAACAAGCUAGAGCCAAAGGAGGUGGCUUUGAACAGGAAGCUCACUAUCCCCAGUGGAGACGGAUUCACAAGUCCAUUGAGAGAUAUCAUGUUCUUCAGGAGAGCUUAAUCAAACUUGUGGAAGCAUGUAAUGAACAAACUCACAACAUGGACCGAUGGCUUGGCAAGCUGGAGGCCUCCAACUGGCUGACACACAUCAAGGAGAUUCUGACCACUGCCUGCCUAGCAGCCCAGUGCAUUGACAGGGAGGGAGCAUCGGUAUUGAUUCAUGGGACAGAAGGGACUGAUUCCACGCUGCAGGUGACUUCUCUGGCCCAGAUCAUCCUGGAACCGAGAAGCAGGACCAUCCGUGGCUUUGAGGCCCUGAUAGAAAGAGAGUGGCUGCAGGCUGGUCACCCGUUCCAACAGCGCUGUGCACAGUCAGCUUAUUGCAACAGCAAGCAGAAGUGGGAGGCGCCUGUGUUUCUUCUCUUCCUGGACUGUGUGUGGCAGAUCCUCCGGCAGUUCCCCUGCUCAUUUGAGUUUAAUGAGCACUUCCUCAUCAUGCUCUUUGAGCAUGCGUAUGCCUCACAGUUCGGAACAUUCCUGGGCAACAAUGAAAGUGAAAGGUGUAAGUUGAAGCUACAGCAGAAAACAAUGUCUUUGUGGUCGUGGGUCAAUCGGCCCAGUGAGCUAAGUAAAUUCACCAAUCCACUCUUUGAAGCCAACAACCUGGUCAUCUGGCCUUCUGUGGCUCCGCAGAGUCUUCAGCUGUGGGAAGGAAUUUUCCUACGUUGGAGCAGAUCCUCUAAGUAUCUGGAUGAAGCAUAUGAAGAAAUGGUUAACAUCAUUGAAUAUAACAAGGAGUUACAAGCCAAGGUCAAUAUCCUGAGGAGGCAGUUGGCCGAAUUGGAAACAGAGGAUGGGCUACGAGAGAGUCCUUGAAAGACCUCCCCACCUGUCCUGAGGACCUAUGUAGGCCUGAGUCCGUCUCUCCCUCUGUUUGCCCUUCAGUUCACUGUACACAGUAGCCUUGAACUUGGCUGUAGGUGUGGGAUCCUGUAAGGUUAUGGCUUUCUUAGCACUGCAAGAUGGAAGUCACUAACACACACCAUUAUAGCCUGCUAGGCCCUUUGUUUUGGGAGCAGGAGGUGCUGUCAUAUCACUAAAUGUAUGACACCUACGCCCUAUGCUGUCCUCCAUUUCUACUUUCUAAACAGUGGUCCAGACUAGUUAAAUAUCCAUCUAACACAUGGGCCAGACUUAUCUGCAUUCAAGUAUACAAGUGUUUUUAAAGACAGAAAUGGUAGCAAAGCCAGAAUUUUGUGUUAUCCUCUCCCUACUCCCCGCCCUUAGAUAUAAAAUGACCAUUCUGCUUUAAAACAGUUUUGGACUAACAAAGCCUAUUUUGUCAAAAAGGAAAAAAAUCAGAAUAGUUAUUUGUGAUAAAUCUUUCUACAAGGGUACCAGGUAUAGUCUGAUAAUUUCAUUAAGAAAAGGUAAUUUUGCAAGUAGAUGCUAAACAUCUUUGCCAUAGAGAAUUGAAAUAGGAGUUCCUCACUGGUAGCCAUCUGCUAUCGUUGUAUUGACUUUUCAGGUUUCUGACCAUACAUACAGAAUUCUUUUUGAGUCGUGGAUGUGUAUGAAACCAUAGCUUGAAUAGAAUUCACUUUUAGAACUAUCCAACACAUCCAGAAGCGAGAGGUCUGAGUUCUUACUGCACUGGUUGGUAUCUGUCCCUUGGUGACUUAUUUUAUUCUUACAUAUUCUGAGUUGACUUGUGCCUCAGCUAGACUUUCCUGUCAGCUUGAGCCAUCUGCAAAUCUCAUCUGCCCACUUGUUCUUUCUGUGUUUGGCAAAUAGGAUUGCACUAGGGUGGGAAGCUAGGAAAGUAGCACAGCUGUUUGAAACUUUACUGUAUUAGAAACAGUGGUGCAACAGCUGCCUUAAGCUCUGGGUGCUGCUGGAGGUGGCACCUCUCUAAUCCUAGCACUGGGAAGGCCAGGGCAGGGGGACUUUUAAGUUUGAGGCCAGCCUGAGCUAUAUAGUGGGUGCCUGGCUCGCCUGACCCACCAAGCGAGACUGUUUAAAAGAGGGUCUGUGGUCCUGCUAAAGCAAUGGAAAAUGGCCACUGCUUUCCACCUCCAGUUGUCCUGUCUCCUCUCCCUUUCUCCUUCCUUCCAACUGUGAAAGCAGGUCAGGAACCAAUCAGCAGUCCCGAUUCUGCUGGUAGCUUGUCCACUGCACCUCUGAGCUCAUCUCUGUUCUUGACCUGCUCUUUGGUUCACUGAUGAGCAGAGCAUAAGCGAGACUUCCUUGCUAUAGGUUUGUUUUAUGUGAAUUGUCCAUCUCAGUUUUGAAGAAGAGAUUGCCUGGAUUUCUUGAGGCUGCUUGGUCACCAGCCCUAUCUGUCACUCUGCUACAGCCCUGUAUGUUUUCUUCUACUUUUGUCUCAGCUGCAUGUGAAGGAGUUCUCUACUUCUCAGCUGAUGGACCCAUAAGGAGAACCAUCUGGAGGGUUUUCCUUUAUGGUUCUUUGGAAGUGAUUCCCACUGCUAUGGACCAGCUUUAAGGCAUCUGUGCACAAAACCUUAGGCAUUUUAUUAUGCUUAGGUAGGGAGAGAUCUGCUGCCCUCCCCUGCCCCCAGCCAAACCUGUGUGCCUGCUCCCUGAUGAACACAUCCAGAGUCAUGACAGUGGGAUCCAGUACCACUGUCUGUUUCCUUUUCCCACGAAACAGCAGUCAUCACUGGCUUUGACAAGCUUGCAUUUUAGUGUGGAUUUAUAGAGAUUGUCCAAAUAUCAGCUUUGAAAGCAAACCGUGAUAUCAGCCCACUUUCCAAGGACCAUUUAAUAAUGCAAAUACUAUAUCUUCCCUAAUCUGUCACUGUGACUUUGGGGUUUUGUGGAGUCACACUGUCCACACCCUCCCCUUGAGUGCAGUGAAUAAAUACAGCAGCCACACUUGGGAAACUGGUUCCAUGUUUUGCUGAGUUGCUUGAAUGAUCGUGACUGUAAGACCUCUAGUGAAGAGGAUGGAGCCUGUGUAGGUCCAGUAAUAAUACUGUGAGACCUCAGAUUCCCAUGUACCCAUGGUCUCUGUUUUCAUCCGAGGGAGAUUUCAUAGUGUAGGCCACAAACUGAAAGCAUCAUAGGUCAAUGCCUUCCUUUAUCAGCAAUGCAAGGGUGCUUUGGUUUAAGUCAGUAUGUUUUUGAAAAUCAGAAAACCAGUUACUUGAUCAUCUAAGAAACCUGAAACAACUGUGUGGACAAGAUUUUACAGUGAUGUCAGUAAUUUUUAUAUUUUAUACCGUGAAGAGAAAAGCAAAAAUAUUAAAAUCCUAUAGUCUUAACACAUACAUAUUUUAAGGAAAAAUUAAGACUGUCAAAAGGCAAAAAUUAAGAAUGUUUUUUUCAACAAAUCUGGAAAGAUGAAUUUGAGGCCUGACAUAGAGUUGGGUUUUACUGCUGCAUUAUCUUUGAAAAAUGAGGUUUAGUGGAAAUUUAGCCUUUGAUUUGGUUUGUGCUAAGUCAGUAUGGCAGGAAAGAUUUGACCAUUUAAUAUCCCAAUGUGAAAACCAGAGCAGAGCAUUUGUCCACAUCUCAGUGCGUAGAGAUGCUGGCCCCUGGGCCAUGUCUGAUUUGGGUGCAGCUAUUGUCACUGUUAGGCUUACUUACCAAACCGCCAUCUGAAGCUGGGGCUUUAAAACCUGUCCACCCCACCCCACCUGAUUCUGGAUGCUUUGGCCUUCACCAACAGAUGAUGUCAUUGGGUACAUCUGGUACAGAUUAUGGCUUAGCUUCUCUUUGUGUCUCAAGAUGGCUUCCUUGCAAUGUCAACAUGAGGAAAGCGCUUCUGCAGAGCUGGGACUGUACGUCACUACCAGAGUGCUUUUAUGUUUUUCGCCAUAUUAUCAGGAAGUGGUGAAACUGGUUUCUCCUUUUGUAUUUAUUGGCAGAUGGUACGAUGUGCAAAAUUUCCUUUCUACUUUAAGUUUCCUCAUUUUUAUUUCUUCUAAUAAAUUUCCACUCUGCCGCAUAACCUAUUGUCCACAGAUUGUCCUUUGACCCACAAUUCCGGAGGAAACUCAACUAAGUUGUAGACUUCUAAACUUGUCUGACUAUUAAGAUGAAGAGCCCACUGAGGCACAAACUGUGCUCAUAGACAGCAGUCAGGGAGCUCACUAGGCACUGCGUGGUCCUUGCCGAGGCAGUUUUCAGCACCUUUCUCUUUAGCCUCCUGCAAGACCAAGGAUUGACUGUGUGACUUGUAGUAGAGGACACUGUGUGGCACUGUUGUGCUGAGGCAUUGGCUCCUCUUUUAAAACUGCAGGUCUUAGGGAAGGCGGGGUAUUCCCACGAGUGUAUCUAGAACCUUGUUGCUUAAUCCUGAGAGAUAUGCUAGGUUUACACUAAAAUAAUUAUACUUGCACAACUUAGCUUAGUUUAGAAAAAGAAUAUAUAUUUAUUUCUUCAGUAGCUAAGCAUUAGGAUUGUACUCUGUGUAUUUGAAUGUAACUAUCAAAAUGCACUGUCAUUCUUGUUUUACACAAUAAAGUUGCACUGUAUGGCAAA